AUGUCGUCACUGCUGAUGGUGGAGCAGGAGGCAGACUAUUACACACUGAAUGCAGGCGGCACAAACGUGGAGCCUGUCCACAUUAAAGAAGAGGAGACUGAACUGGAGCCUGUCCACAUUAAAGAAGAGACUGAACUGCUGUCUCUCCACAUUGAAGAAGAGGAGGCUGAACUGGAGCCUGUCCACAUUAAGGAAGAGACUGAACUGCAGCUUGUCCACAUUGAAGAAGAUGAGACUGAUCUGGAGCCUGUCUACAGUGAAGAGGAGUCUAUUGACUUGUUUAAGGAUUCAGAAAACAUAUCCAAGCCAAAGAUAUCAAAUCAGUGUAGCGAAUGUGGGAAGAGCUUCAGUCGGACAGCAAACCUAAAAUCACACCAGCGAAUUCACACUGGAGAGAAGCCGUAUUGUUGUACUGAAUGUGGGGAGAGCUUCAGUCAGUUAGUACACCUAAAAACACACCAGCGAAUUCACACUGGAGAGAAGCCUUAUCAUUGUACGGAGUGUGGGAAGAGCUUCACUCAGUUAGGAAGCCUAAAAAAACACCAGCGAAUUCACACUGGAAAGAAGCCGUACCACUGUACUGAUUGUGGAGAGAGCUUCAUUGAGUCAGGAAACCUAAAGAAACACCAGCGAAUUCACACAGGAGAGAAACCGUAUCAAUGUAGUGAAUGUGGGAGGUGCUUCAUUGAGUCAGGAAGCCUAAAAAGACACCAGAGAAUUCACACAGGAGAGAAGCCGUAUCACUGUAAUGAAUGUGAGAAGCGUUUCAUUCACUUAGGAAGCCUAAAAGUACACCAACGAAGUCACACUGGAGAGAAGCCGUAUCACUGUUCUGAAUGUGGGGACAGUUUCAGUCAGUUAGGACACCUAAAGAGACACCAGAGAAUUCACACUGGAGAGAAGCCUUAUCACUGUGUGGAAUGUGGGGAGAGCUUCAUUGAGUCAGGAAACCUAAAGAAACACCAGCGAAUUCACACUGGAGCCAGCCUCCCACCCUCCCAGUCCCACACCUCUCCACUCUGCUUGUCUGAGUGUUUGGAUAGCUGACUGAUUACUUCUCUCUCCACCUGAAUCCCAGAGACACUUAGAAAGGGAGCAUGUCAAACUGAAGGAGACAGACCCAUUGUUUCAGAAUGAACUGGAGAGCCGUGAGAUUCAGCUCCACUCCUACCCCUGACUUGGAAAUUAAUCUCACUCAUGCUGUGAGGAUUUAGGACAGAGUUACAGGUCUUAACACUUAUAUAUGUGUGAUACAAACCCAACACAUUAAACAAAGCUUCAAUGACAUAUAUGAUAUUUUUCAAAAUGUAAUUUGAGCUAUAAAUGACAUUACCAAUGUCAGCGAGUACAGGAUAUGAUAAAGAAAUUGUUUAAAAUAGUUUGAUUUCCUGUACGUUUUCCAUUAUCACUGUAUAUAAAGGGUGUGUGAGAAAUUUGUAGUUGUAAUUGAAUGUACUUUUAAAAUGACAUUUCAAAUCUUAAACAAGAGGCUUCAGAUGCUGUGAUGUUAAUUAAGUUUGUCUUCUCCCCCUUCCUUCCUCUUAACAUUCUCUAAAUCAGCGGUUCUCAAACUGAGGGAGGUGCGAGAGCUGUGUGUCCUUUUUUUUAUUUUAGAUGAUUUGAAAAAAAAUAUU